AUGAGCUGCCUCGGGCCUUUGGGUAGAAGCCAGAGCCAGGGAGCCAAAACCAAAAUGAGAAUGCCAAGAGAGUGCCCGCUUUUGCCCCAAGUCCCAGAUCGCUCCUCACUCCGCAUGCCGACUGUACUUUGUGUCGACAUUGAGCAGUCUGGCGGAACCGAUCGCUGCCACGGACGCGCAUUGAUUCUACUACCACCGAUGCAAAGCAUUGCAUCAGGCAUGCAAACGUUGAAUCAAAACAAAGCCAAUGGCGGCACAUGCGCUAGAGCAUUUAAUCUGGCCCCCGCCUACAAUGCCCUUUGUGUUUGUACCGGUGCCGUCGAAUAUGUGCCCGUGAGCAUCCUGACAGCCAACUAUUCGUCCUCGAAGAACUGUUAUGCUUGUGUGGUUUCUCUAGCUCCAAGUCAAUCCAACGCAAAGCAGAGCAUUGUGACUGGUGACCUAUACGCAAACCGCAAUGGAAUCAAAAACACGGCCAUCAUUAGAAACAAUCCGGGGAAGCGUGGAGGCAAAUCGCCGGCCACAAUCCCCCGCAUUCUCAUACACGGUUUGGUACGAGUUUACGGUCGUAUGACUUUCGUGGUCGUAAUCGCUAUAGAUGCUUUCAGUCCACUAUCUUUCACCUCUAGACAUUUCGCUCUGUAUGAACAUUGCCUCCCAAUGCAUCAUUUUCCGAGUGGAGCCGCGGGAAGACGCCCCCCAAAGUUCACUGUCCGAGUUAUAGCAAACUACAUUCCAAGGACCACUGGUAUAGCAGCAGAGCCUAAACCCGGAGACGACACGGCUAUUUGCAGCCCUGCAGACUAUGUCUUUAUUCCCACGUAG